CAAUAGCCACUGCAGCUGCAGGCAGACACCAAAGGUAAAGGGCAAAAAGGAAGAAAUAACAGCAACAAAAAAAAGGGACACCGCACAAAAUAGAUGUAAAUGUAUAAAACGGAGCGCCGGCUGUUGCAGUGCCGUCAUUCCAUCCGCAAUACUCCAAGUGAUCGCAUCGCAGAGAGGUGCCAAGUAAAAGUGAAUCACUAUCCAGGAUUGUCGGUACCGCGAUCAAGACUACACUUAAGAAAAAUAACUUAAAAACGAAGACACAAAUCAUGGCUGCAAGGAGCUGUCUUAAGGUCCUCUUCCAGGGAGAAACGAGCUUCAUCAUUUGCGAAUCUUUUCACACCUACGAAGAGGUCAUCUCUCAAGCCAUGUCGCAUUUUGGGAUUCCGAAGAACCACAGAGACGCCCUGACCCUCAGCAACGGCCAGGGUUAUGUGUUUGAGGCCCAGCUCCUGGAAUAUUUCCUCCUCCUGUUCCCCUCCCCAGAGAUCACCUUCCAUCUGAGACUUGACUGGCAGCAGCUGCGUAGAGGUCUCACCCAGACACGGCCGCAGAAGCGCAAGCGUCCAGUGGAGCGUGUAGAUGUGUCAUCAACAGGUAGCCAAAAGGUGACCAUCGAGGAGGAGAAACCAAAUGAGGAGCAAGCACCGGUGCAGGACUACAAGCCGGUGGCAGUGUAUCGUCAGAACUGUUUCCUAGGAGCGUUGCCCAGCAACGGGGCAGCUGCCGUGCGUCGCCAGAACUGCUUCCUAAGAGAGCAGAAGCAACAGCGCCGGGAGGAGCCCAGACCCAGGUCGCAGCCAGAAGUGGAGGAGGAGCUGACCCAAACGCAGGGACCACAGGUGAAGCGCCUUCGCCUGGAUCUCUGUCCCAAAUCCAGGCGGCCUGCGACCACAUCAGGGGCUCCCCAUUCUCUACCCGUAAUGCGUCCCAUUCGCAUUUAAGGUGCCGCAAGAAGCUUGUACAUAUAAUAUAGCUAUAAUCCGUAUACGAUGUAUAAACCGUAUCGCAAAGGUUGAACCGCUGUUCCUUAGAUUUAAUACUAGAUUAUGUAACCAAAUCCACGUCCAAAUAAUUGAAAUUAAUUUCUUUUAAUGUUUUAAGAAGUGAUAGCAUUUACUAUUCAUUUAGGAAUCAGUCCUAAUUUACCUGGAGAUUACUCAUUCAGUUCCUAUCUUAUCUGCUAUAUAAAGUAUUAUUUUAUAUGCUCUUUUUAAAUGUGCUACCUUUUCAUCUUAAGAAUUGGUAUACUUUUUCUUUUCUAAAUUAAUAUGCUUUCUAAUUUACUUUAUCUUCAAUAUUCUGUUUUUCUUUAAAAAUAUAUAAAAUUAUCUCUUUUACAUAUUUCAAAAAAAUAGUUAUCUUCAACAUAUCAACUCCAAAUGAUUUUACUAAUUUCUUUUUCAUAAUAUCUUUUGGAAAUAUUUAGUUUUAUAAAUAUUUAAUUUUAUAAAUAUAACAAAAUACAAUCUAACUU